AUGUCCAGCCGAUAUACCAGGAAUGAGAAAGGAAAAUGGCAGGCAGAUACAAGGGGAGCCUCUCGUCGCUCUCCAAUACGUAUUCCGGAAUGUGACAGUCAGUCACUAAUUGAAGACAACAAACUCACCAUUAUUGGCAGAGUCACCAAUCCCAUGGUACAACCUCCAAAAGCUGUUAUUGGUUUCCUGCCGCAACUCUGGAAGCUGGAGAACCGAGUAGUAGAUAUAGGGUUCGUUAGAGAGAGAGAUGAACCUCUUGACAAAGACGUGAUCUUGGGGAGGAUUAGAGUGGAAAUUAAUGGAUUUGCUCCACUCGAGAUGCGUUUACCAAUACUUCUACCAUCGGGGGAGACCACUUUUGUGGAAUUAGAAUACGAGAACCUUGGAAAGCAUUGUUUUGCCUGCCUAUCCCUUUUCCAUGAGGAGAAAUUUUGUCAAGCAAGUAAACCUUCCACCAAUGCCCCUGGGAAUCGGGAGGGGAUUUCCCAACAAAACACCCUGAAGCAGAUCGAGGAGGACAAGAAGAGAUUGGAAUGGAGGAAAUCUAAAAGAGAGGGGGAAUUCCAUUAUCAGAAAGAGGACACAAGGAGGAGAAGAGAUGUCCAUCCGGGAUAUUCUUCUCCACACCGCUCUAACUACUCUGUCCGUGGAGAGCAUCAACAUACCUUCUCAAAGAGUGAACAAUGGAGGGAAGUCCCUCGACAUCAGACAAGGUUUAAUGACAGAGCUUACCCUGUGCAUAGGGAUUCUGCAUAUCAAAGUGGUAGAGAACGUCGAGAGAGAAUCCCAUGUGGAGAAUUCUCUAGGAACUCUAAUACAUCAGGAGGAAUCACAUCUCGUCUCUCCCCUAUUCAUUCUCAGGGAGGAGCUCUGCCUCGUAAGGAGAAUACUGUGACGUCUAAAACUCCCUCUCCGAGACAUGCUAGGGAACCUAUGAGUUCAAGACUAGCUCGUGAUACAUGGGAAGGUACAAGUUCUCAAAGAGAGAGAAGACCGGCGUUAGAAAGGAUUCAAACUGAAUCUCAGGAACAUCCACUUGGUUCUGGUGGUUUUAGCUCAGGGGGAUUACAGGAGGUCCAGAUUCAAGCCAUUGAAGAUGAUAACCAGUCAAGCUUUUAUCUAAACAGGCUAUUUAAAGAAGACGCCCCAGGCCCAUCAACUGCCUUAAAACACAGGCUGUUUUUUCCUGAAGAAGAUACGGACCCUACUUGGACUCCAGCAAGAACUGCAGAACCUCUAAACCAACUCUCCAACCGUCUUGGACCUAUCCCACCAGCUGGUGGUGGUAAUAGAAGCAGUGCGCGGAUCUCAAAUAAAGUUGCUAGCUCCAAACUAGACAAAAAGAGAGAAACUAAAAAUACUACAAAGAGGAAAGGGAAUGCUAACACUCUAAAAGGGAUGAACUCAAGGAAAAGGAAUGUGUUGAGAAGCAAUGCCUCUCCAAAGAAGCGGAAAUGUGGUUCCCGAGCAGAACCUGACUCUCCAUUGAUGGAAAAUAACUUGGAGCCAAACAGCCCGCAUGUUCUGGCGAGUGUACCGGCUAUGGUGCUAGGACUCCUCAAUGUAAAGCACUCUGGAAAUCUACUUUCGUGGCGAGGCUCUAGAUACUCCCAUCACGUGAAAGCUAGACUCGACAGGUCCUUAGCUAAUGUCUCUUGGUUUGAAAAGUUCUCACAUGGACGAUGCCAAUACCUCAGAUUUGAGGGUUCCGAUCAUAGGCCUUUGAUUACUUUCUUUGGCAAGAAAAAGACUAAGAAGAAAGGUGUUUUCCGUUUCGACAGAACUCUGUGUAAAGAAGAGAAGGUUCGUGUCCUAGUCAAAGCUACAUGGAAGAGGAUUUUACCAGAUGGACAAGAGAGAACAAAACAACUAAUGCCCUGCAUAUCCGAGAGAUUCAAGACAUCUUAG